AAAAGUAAACACGGGAACGUAUAUCGAGUUGUUGAUGACAAUGGAGAUCGCAUACGUGCCAUGCAAAUUUCCACCUGGUGUCACCGUGUUGCAAAUCGAACCAAAGAUGAAAGUUAUUUUAGAUUAUUCGUGCCAGGUUUUAAUUAAGUAAUCUGAAAUCUGAAAAUUAAUACUUUUUCUCAACGAGGUUUCCAAAAGAAAACAGCUCAAAUGCAUGAUAACGACGACGAGUUUUCAAAUGUGGACUUGCUUCCCAGCAAAAGAGAAGCGUUUUCCAUCGACGAUCAGAGUGCCAUUUGUUACUUAGAAGACGAAAUACUCGGCAGUAACGAUCGUAAAAAAGUCACAUAUGGCAAAAAAGGCUGGUUUAUGACGAGAUGGCAAGCUUCACUAAUCGGAAUAUCAAUACUCAUAAUGCUAUUUGUAGCCGUUCACAUUAGCAGAUCUAGAACUUCCAAUGUUGAGAAUAUCAACGAACCCAAACCAUGCUGUAGAUUUCACGCAUCGCACAACUUACCAGAAGCCAGCUCAUCAGAAAUAACUCCAGCAGCACUGGCAACAAUAUUUUCAUCCCGUGCCAACCCAACUUCAACUACCCAAAUAUUAAACGACGAUAUGAGAUAUCUGGUCGAGCCUAAAAAUUACGUAAUUUAUAUCCAACCGUUCCUCGAAACAUCUGCAGGAAAACACAAUGCGUUUACAUUUCGUGGCAAUGUUUCCAUAACUCUGAACGUGAAACAAGAAGUCAAAUAUUUGGUCAUCGGCGUCAAUGAUUUACGUAUCGUGUCCACGUAUUUGUACGAAAUCAACGAAGCGACUGCUGAAGAAGUAAUACAUCAGAUAGAAGACACCAUUGAUCUGAAUAUCGAUUCGUACGACGUUUACGAAGGUACCCUUAAUCUGGAACUUUACAAAUGGCUUCAACCUGGUAAAAUCUACGAGCUUGUGAUUGAAUUCAACGGCGAUGUUCAAAAUCUACCUUAUGGUUUGUUUAAAUCUCAAUUCUACGAUGAGAUAACUGGUCAAAGUCGAUGGAUCGUGGGCACCAAUUUGGAUGUACCAUUUGCCAGGACAGUAUUUCCAUGUUUCGAUGCUCCAACUCAAAUGGCCACGAUUCAGCUGAAUAUUGCUCGUCAGGAUAAUAUGCUGGUUCAAUCCAGCACAGAAUAUUGGCAAUCUGUUGAAUCAGGCGAUGGUUGGACUUGGAUACUGCACAAGAAGACGAGUCCAUUACCAAUACAUUCGUUGGCUUUCGCAGUGACCAAUUUCGAAAACGAAUCCAGAGUAACUCCACAAACAUCUCAUUUUAUAAUCUGGACUGCUACAAAACGCACAAAGGAAUUGGAAUACGUCCUAAACUUAGGCCCAUUGCUAUUGAACGACAUUGAAGUACAUCUAGUAAUGGCCCUACCGGUCAAGAAAAUCAAUAUUUUCGGUUUACCUCAAAUACUACCGAAACAAAAGGCCAAAAUAGGAAUUAUUUAUAUGUCAGAGGCCGAUUUGAUAGUACAAGAAGGUAAGACUUCAGCAGCACAUAAACAACAUGUGGGUCACAUGUUAGCAGGUCAUUUGAUAGAACAAUGGAUAGAGAAUUCAAUCACGUUUCGAUGGAGGCAAGACAAUUGGAUCAAAGAAGCAUUGGUGCAAUUCCUCGAAUAUCAUUUGCUCAAAUUUGUUGAGCCAUCGUGGAAAACACUCGAUCAAUUCUUUGUGAACGUUCAGCAGUUGGAAAUGGAUAAAGAAAUAGCUGAUCCGAGUAGACAAGGAAAAUAUAUAAGAUGGAUUCCACAUAUUGAAGAAAGCGAAUUGCAGCAUUUGUAUCCCAUCAAUGAAACCAAUGUAUUCCGGCGAAGCGCAAUGGACGAAUUUCAAUCACAUCAAUUAAUAACAGAAUCGCAAGCUAAUCCAAACAUUUACACACAAUUGUACGAAAAGAGAUUGGUAAAUAAAGGAGCCUGUUUAAUAAGAAUGAUCGAACACAUAGUCUCACCGCCCUUAUUCAUAACCUCUAUCAGAAUUUUUUUAGAAAAAAGUCGAGGAAAGGUUGUCGAUGGAGAAGAUUUUUGGAAAAUAAUGACAAAAGAAACGUUAAACAUCUCUUAUGCCGGUUAUCAGCUGUUACCAAAGGGUGUUUCCCUGCAAACAGUGCUUGAAGACUGGAUUUAUACGAAAGGUUAUCCGUUGAUAACUGUGACGCGAAAUUAUGAUAAAAAUACUAUCACAUUCGCCCAACAUGUUAAAACAACAUUGAGCCCUUACAAAGGACUGUCCAAAAGGUUGAACUUAUGGUACAUUCCAGUCAGUUACACUACCGAAAAUGAGAAAUUCUUCACCGCCACUGCUCCCAGAUUCUGGCUAAAUAAAGUUCGUUCCAUUGACAUCAUACCACUCGCCAGUCUGAAGAAUUCAAACUGGUUGUUAGUAAAUCCCCAACAAACAAACUUUUACCGAGUAUAUUACGACAUGCACAACUGGUCAUUACUGCAAAACGCUGUGAGAAAAGGAGAACUUCCAGAUAUCGUCAGAUCUCAGUUAAUCGACGAUGCUCUAUUUUUCGCUCGUAAAGACAUGUUGGAUUACAAUUUUGCCUUGGAUUUCAUCAGCAAUCUUGCUUUGUAUAGAGAAAAAGAGUACAUCGUUUGGUCGACUGUGUUACGUCACAUGAAUUACAUCCGGAAUAUGCUGUUGGAAAACGUACGAGUAGCUGUAUCUCAUGACGACGACUCAAUAAGGCUCGAUGUCAAAGAUUCGGAAAAUUUGCAGAAGUUCAAAGUGUUCAUGAGAAGGUUAAUAGCAACUCCGUUCAAUGAUCUUAAUUCGAAAUCGUCUGAUUCGUCAACAAUGAAGCAUACCGAUAGGCUUCUAAGAAGCGAUAUAUUUUUAUGGGCUUGUGCAAUGGGUAUAUCCGAAUGUAAUACGAUGGCGAGAUCAGAAUUCGAUAAAUGGAAAAACACGAAUUUUCCCGACACUUCUACUAAUCCCAUUGAACCUGACAUGAGAUACCCUGUUUUAUGCUCAAUCAUGCAAAUAGGAAGUACAUCGGAUUAUGAUUUUCUUCUAUCUCAAUAUCAAAACACGCCCGAAACGAGUCCAGAUAAAAUCAUAUAUUUGAAGAGCUUGUAUUGCUUUAAAGAAGAAAAAAAUUACAGAGAAUUUUUGGCUUCAACUUUGUACGACAAUUACUCGAUAGAUCAUCUGCAUAAAGUUAGCAUGAUGUGGGCAACGAUACCACAAAGUUUUCACACUUCUACUGUACCUUUUAAUUUCAUGAUCGAUAACUGGAGUGCAAUCAAGGCUCGUUUCUCAGAAUUUAAAACCAUAAUGAAAACAAUCGUCGAAGCAGCAACGUUCAAUCUUCAAAAACAAUCUGAACUCGACGCGUUGAACCAGUUGAGAAAUAGCAACAUUAGCGAGCUUCCUUACUUGGAUCAUACUUUUGAUGACGCUAUAAGAAAUCUACAAGAUCGUAGAAAAUGGAGAGCCAAGCAAAUGAACGAUUUCGUAUCUUGGCUGAGCAAGAAUUCCGAAUGCGUGUACGAUGGAUUAAAUACUAGUAAUAAAGUUCCAGUCCCGGUCUCGAGAAAAGGGAAUGAGAAGAAGCUUACAACAAUUGAACAUGAUAAUAUCUAUAACAAAUCUGAUUACGCUAGUGCACUCUUUUCAAAUCUGUAA